AUGGGGCUCCUCGGCCUCGCUCGACAGUCUCUAAAACGGACAAGUAACGGCUUGCUAAAGUCUCAGGCCAUUAGCUUCAAUGUCGCCGCCGCCCGCUCUCUGCACACGACUCUGCCAGCGCGAGCUGUAGCAGACUCUGCCGUCUUUACACCCAAGGAUGGCGAGCGGGUGCUCAACUCGCCGUCAGAACUUGCGCGCCGUAUUAGCGCGAAAGUGCUGCCGAAACUGCCGCGGCCUGAUGUGCGCAAGGUCGUGAUGGUCGGCUCUGGCGGUCUCAGCAUCGGCCAGGCCGGCGAGUUCGACUACUCCGGUUCGCAGGCCAUGAAGGCGCUUCGGGAGGAGGGGAUCGACGCCGUCCUUGUCAACCCAAACAUUGCAACGUGGCAAACCUCACAUCAACUAGCUUCUGCGGUCUACUUCCUGCCUAUCUCGGUCGACUACGUCGCAUACGUGCUCGAGAAGGAGCGCCCGGACGGUAUCUUGUUAACUUUUGGUGGUCAAAGCGCACUCAAUGUCGGUAUCGAAUUGGACCGCAUGGGCGUACUGGAACGUCUUGGCGUGCAAGUACUCGGAACACCUAUCAGGACAUUGGAGGUCUCGGAGGACCGUGAUCUAUUCGUACAGGCGCUUAACGAAAUUGACAUCCCUGUGGCAAACUCAACGGCAGUAUCGACAGUGAACGACGCACUCGCCGCUGCGGAUCGCAUCGGCUACCCGGUCAUCAUGCGUUCGGCAUUCACCCUCGGUGGUCUUGGCUCUGGCUUUGCAAACAACUCGGACGAACUUCGUGACCUUGCGGCUCGCGGUCUCUCGCUUUCGCCUCAGGUGCUCGUUGAGAAGAGUAUGAAGGGCUGGAAAGAGGUCGAGUACGAGGUCGUACGUGACGGCGCAGACAACACGAUCAUUUGCUGCAACAUGGAGAACUUCGACCCGCUUGGAACACAUACUGGUGACAGUAUCGUCGUUGCGCCUUCACAGACGCUCACCGAUGACGAGUACCACAUGCUCCGGUCUGCUGCUCUGAAGGUCAUCCGUCAUCUCGGUGUCGUCGGCGAGUGCAACAUUCAGUAUGCGCUUAACCCGGCCGAUCGACAGUACUGUGUCAUCGAGGUCAACGCCCGUCUGUCCCGCUCGUCCGCUCUCGCAUCGAAGGCGACCGGCUACCCGCUCGCAUACACCGCCGCAAAGCUUGCGCUUGGAUAUACCCUCCCUGAGCUCCCGAACGCCGUGACCAAGACGACCACCGCAUGCUUCGAGCCUUCUCUCGACUACAUCGUCACGAAGAUCCCGAAGUGGGACUUGGCCAAGUUCUCUACCCAGGUCGACCGUCACGUCGGGUCCAGCAUGAAGAGUGUCGGCGAAGUCAUGGCUAUCGGUCGUACUUUCGAGGAGAGCUUGAUGAAGGCCGUCCGCAUGGUUGACCCGCGCUGGGUUGGAUUCGAGGUGUUCGGUGCCAAGAUGAGCGUUGAGCAGAUGGAGGACGUUCUGCGCAACCCUACGGAUAUGCGUCUCUUUGCUAUCGCUCAGGCCAUGUACAUCGAAGGAUACACUGUCGACCAGCUGCAUGACCUCACCAAGAUCGACAAGUGGUUCCUGUACAAGCUCGAAAACAUCGUCGAGACUCACCGCGAGCUCACCACUGCCGGCUCCGUCUCCGCCAUCUCUCAAGAGCUUAUGCACAAGGCCAAGCGCAUGGGCUUCGCUGACCUUCACAUCGCUUCCCUUAUCAACUCCACCGAAGGCGAGGUCCGCGCGCAUCGCAAAUCACUCGGUGUUACGCCUUUCGUCAAGCGUAUUGACACGCUCGCUGCCGAGUUCCCUGCGCACACGAACUACCUUUACACGACCUACAACGCUAGCACUCACGAUGUUGAGUUCACGGAUCAGGGUACCAUGGUUCUUGGCUCGGGCGUGUACCGCAUUGGUAGCAGUGUUGAGUUCGACUGGUGUGCUGUCACCUGCGCUCGCUCUCUCCGUGAGAUGGGUCGCAAGACGGUCAUGAUCAACUACAACCCGGAGACCGUGUCAACUGACUUCGACGAGGCCGACCGCUUAUACUUCGAGGAGCUCGGCUGGGAGCGUGUCAUGGACAUCUACGAGCUCGAGGCCGCGUCUGGUGUUGUUGUUAGCGUCGGUGGUCAGCUUCCGCAGAACAUCGCCCUCCGCUUGAAGGAUGCCGGCGUGAAUGUGCUUGGCACUGACCCCGAGAAAAUCGACAUGGCCGAGGACCGUCACAAGUUCAGCUCCGUACUCGACAAGAUCGGCGUUGACCAGCCUGCCUGGGCUGAGGUUACUUCCGUUGAUGCCGCGAAGCAGUUCGCCGAGCGCGUCGGAUACCCCGUCCUUAUUCGCCCGUCGUACGUUCUCUCGGGUGCUGCGAUGAACGUCGUGUCUUCCGAGGAGACCUUGGAACACAAGCUCUCGGCCGCAGCGGACGUUUCGCCCCUUCACCCGGUCGUCAUCUCCAAGUUCAUCCUCGGCGCGCAGGAGAUCGAUGUCGACGCUGUGGCGCACCAGGGCAAGCUCCUUGUCCACGCCGUCAGCGAGCACGUCGAGAGCGCCGGUGUCCACUCCGGUGAUGCCACACUCGUUCUCCCGCCGGUCAGCCUUCCUGAGAGCGACAUGGCGCGCAUCAAGGACAUCACCGAGCGUGUGGCCUCGGCAUUUGAUAUCUCCGGUCCUUUUAACAUGCAGAUCAUCCGCCAGCCCGCAUCAUCUGAGGGCGAGGAAGCCGCGCUCAAGGUCAUCGAGUGCAACCUCCGCGCAUCGCGUUCAUUCCCCUUCGUCAGCAAGGUUCUCGGCCACAACUUCAUCCGCACUGCCGCAGCUGCCAUUGCCGGCGAGGGCGUACCCGAGCCCGUCGAUGUUAUGCAGGAGAAGCGCGACUACACUGCCGUCAAGGUCGCGCAGUUCAGCUGGACGCGUCUCGGUGGUGCCGACCCGUACCUUGGCGUCGAGAUGGCCAGCACUGGUGAAGUCGCGGCGUUCGGAAAGGACAUUCACGAGGCGUACUGGGCGUCGUUGCUCUCUACCACGGGCUUCAAGAUUCCCAAGGCAAAAAGCGGUGUUCUUCUGGGUGGCGAUAUCAAGGCACCCGAGCUCGGCCAGAUCGCCACGAUCUUGGCCGAGAACGGCUUCAAGCUCUUCACCUCGUCGCAUGAAGUCGAGGACUACUUGAACUCCCUGCCCUACGUCUCGGCGAAGAGGAUCUUCUUCCCGACGAAGGACAAGCGUAAGCUCCGCGAGGUCUUCGACGAGUACGAUAUCCAGUGCGUCGUCAACCUCGCGAAGGAGCGCGGCGCGAGCGCUACGGACGAGGACUACGUCGCCCGUCGUAACGCGGUGGACUUCGGGUUGCCGUUGUUGAACAACCCGAAGACGGCAUUGUUGUUCGUGGAGGCCCUCGCGAGGAAGAUCCCGCAGGGUGGACUCAGGCCGUACGAGGAGGGACGGAUCCCGAGUGAAGUCAAGAGCUGGAGCGAGUUCGUUGGCUUCCAGGCAUAA